AUGUCCUCAUCCUACGACUGUAAUAGUACGUUUGGGUAUCCUUACAUAGUCGACCUUUAUGCUAAGGUGGGACUACAUCGUUACAAUAUGUCCGAGGGUACAAACUUACAGCUCGUUCGCGUAAUCAAAUACAAGAGUUCUAUGAAUUAUGAAGAUAAGCCUAGCAGUUUUGGUUUGACGGUCUCUCUUGCUCGACCUAAUGGUUACUUGCCGAUACAUGUCCCGGAACGCUCCACCGUUGCUUCCAUCUCCACGACGAGGUCCACCGAGGUUUCUUUAUUCUCCCCCGGGGCUUCCUCAUUCUCCACCGGGCCUUCCUUAUUCGCCCCCGUGAGUAUAUUCCGCCCUCCCCCUGCUUCAACCCUCCUUACAAGUUCCCUGAGUGGCCUUCCAGGGAUGCUUUCACCGAUAGCAACCGGUUUUACUUGUUGGAGGAAGCAGAGUUGCGAGACAAUGAUUGGAUUGCUCUAUAUUUGCAACUUCAAGUUGCGUUAUUUAGUCUCGAUCAUGUAUCCAAAGCCAUUGUUAAAGCGGCGAGCGAUAGAAUCUAUGAAUAAAGAAGUGGAGCCGCGCAAUGCGAAAAGUGCAUUUGUGUACAUAACUUUUAAGGGUUUUGCCAUUCGCGGGAUGAGUGAGGAUUUUGAACGCAAAGCUAUAAUCAGAAGAGUGAUCGAUGAGCGUACAGGAAGCUUGAGCCUCCUUGGUGGCUUUUCAGGUGAAGACCAUACUUUGGGGUAUAACCCUAAUAUGACUACUCUCGAGAGCUUUGAAUUUGUUAAAAAUGCUGUCCGUACUGGAACUGUUCCCUUUUCGGAACGUGACAAAUGCCUAUACACCUCCUACAUUUCGAACACGACCACGAAUGAUAAUACCACGUAA